CAAUAAGAGAAGAUUCUCUAGUCUUUUUUUGACUUUCGUGCGGUUUGGUUUAUUGGUGGCUCCGUUCGCGGCUACCGCAAAAUUUGAGUGGUGCUUGCACAGCUUUUCGCUUGAAGAAAAGGCCAAUCAAAAUCAAAUAAAGCAACAAAAAAUAAGUCGAGGAUUACCGUGUAUCCUACACAAAAGUAUUACGAGGUUUAUUGCCACUGCCUUUCAAGGAAAAAAAAUUCUGCCACCGGAAAUUGCAACGUUGAAUUGCAGUUAAUAGAACUUAAGUACAAGGAGUGCACAACUAAUUCAUAAAGCCGCUGACAAAAUGCUUUCACGUCCAAUUUUGCAUGGAAAUCUUUCGAAAAUAUGCGCCGCAUCGCGCCCCGCUGUUGCCGCCGCUGCGCCCGUGGCACGGCAAAUAGCCACGACCGACAGCAGACCUUUUCACGAUGUGGUCGGCGACGUGCUGUGUCCUUCCGGUGUUCGUGGUAUUGAUCACUUGAGAGAUCCCCGUUUAAAUAAGGGUCUCGCCUUCACACUGGAAGAACGUCAAACUUUGGGUAUACAUGGUCUGCAACCUGCACGCUUCAAGACACAAGAAGAACAAUUGGAACUGUGUAAAAUUGCCGUGAGCCGUUAUACGGAGCCACUGAACAAAUAUCUCUACCUGGUAGAUCUGCAAGAUCGUAACGAACGUUUGUUCUACCGUUUCUUGGCGGAGAAUAUUGAACAUCUCAUGCCCAUUGUAUACACACCGACUGUGGGUUUGGCUUGUCAACGUUUCGGUUUGAUCUACCGUCGCCCACGUGGUCUCUUCGUGAGUUACAACGAUCGUGGUUACGUUUUUGAUGUCAUCAAGAACUGGCCCGAGUCCGAUGUGCGUGCCGUUUGUGUGACUGAUGGCGAACGUAUUUUAGGUUUGGGCGAUUUGGGUGCCAACGGCAUGGGUAUUUGUGUCGGCAAGCUGGCUCUUUACACCGCUUUAGCUGGCAUUAAACCUCAUCGCUGCUUGCCAAUUCUACUCGAUGUCGGCACGAACAACAUCGAUCUGCUGGAGGAUCCAUUGUAUGUGGGUUUGAGACAGAAGCGUGUUGUUGGCAAGGAAUACGAUGACUUCGUGGAUGAAUUCAUGGAGGCUAUUGUCAAACGCUAUGGCCAGAAUACGUUGAUUCAAUUUGAGGACUUCGGCAAUCACAAUGCAUUCAGAUUCCUCGACAGAUACCGCAAUACUUACUGUACCUUCAACGACGACAUCCAGGGUACCGCCGCUGUAGCUAUGGGUGGCAUUUACGCUUCCACGCGUGUAACAGGCAAGAACAUAACGGAUUAUACGUUCCUAUUUGCUGGUGCUGGUGAGGCUGCCGUCGGUAUUGCGGAUCUCGUUGUGAAUGCCAUGGUCGCUGAGGGUGUGCCCAAAGAUGAAGCCAGACAAAAGAUUUGGAUGAUCGAUAUUGAUGGUCUUUUGACCACAACCCGCAAGGAAGGCUCCUUGUCUAAUCAUCAGAAAAACUAUGCCAAGGACGUUGAGCCCAUGAAAAACAUGCAAGAGAUUGUGGAGAAAGUGAAACCAAAUGUUCUUAUUGGUGCCUCUGCAGCUGCUGGCAUCUUCACUCCAGAAAUUUUGCAAAUCAUGGCCGCCAACAAUGAACGGCCCGUAGUAUUUGCACUCUCCAAUCCAACCCACAAAGCCGAAUGUACCGCGGAACAGGCAUACAAACAUACCGAGGGACGCGUCGUAUUCUCAUCCGGUUCACCAUUCCCGCCCGUGGAGAUGAACGGCAAAACUUUCUACCCCGGUCAGGGCAACAAUGCCUACAUCUUCCCAGGCAUUGCAUUGGGUGUGAUCACCACCGGCACACAUCAUAUCUCCGACGACAUGUUCCUCAUUGCCGCACGAGAAUUGUCGAACUUUGUUGAUCAAAGCGAUUUGGAUCGCGGCUCACUCUACCCACCAUUGAAUGCUGUGCGUGAGGUGUCGAUGCGCAUUGCCGAAGGCGUUACCAAGUGUGCUUAUGACAAGGGUUUGGCCUCCACUUACCCCGAGCCAGCGGACAAACGCAAGUGGUUGGAGGAACAACUCUACAACUUCAACUAUCAGUCAUCGAUGCCGGUGACGUGGCCAUGGCCAAGAAUGCCAUAUGUGAAAACUCGCCCAUUGGAACCCACCAUUCUCUUCAGUGACUCAAAGUAAGCAGCAGACCAGUCUCCUGAAAAACAAAAAGCUAUUCACCCAAUCCCGUUGACCAUCGCAAAAAUGAAAAAAUGUAAUGAAAAUCGUUCAAACCACAUGGCUGCCGCAAUUCACCCAUAAAAUAAAAACUUCACAUUAGGAUGCUGCUCGCAAAUGUGUUUGUGUAUAUUUGUGUAACUCACACACAUGCAAAUGGCCCCACCCUAUCCCGUUAACAUCAUAGAGGCUAAAUACGAAACUGUUCCUGACCUCAAACAUCAAAGAAGUAAAAGUCACCGGCUAAAACAGUACGAAGUACUUGUAUUAUUACAUACAAACAAACAAAAACACACACACACACUCAGAUACAGAUUAUAAUAUUAUGCUACAUGCAUAGUGGCCUAAUGUGUAUAUACUUACAUAC